UGAUUGGACGACGUUGAGCCUGAUCUCACUCGAGGCAGAAGGAGUGAGAGGGUCCUGAGGCUUGACUUUCAGCAUGUAAACAGUAUACAGCUGACAUUCAGACUCCCAGAGGAAGUCAAGCACGUUAGUUCGCGUGUAAUUCUGUGUUUGAGUGGAAUAUAGGAAUAUUAUAUAUAUACAACUCAACGCCAAGAGCGAGACGAAGGGCGCGCGGUUAUGAGGCGCAGCCGCAACCGGUUGGUCGGGAGAGCUAGCUAGCUAGCAUUAGCAGCGCCGCCACCGUUAGCCGCAGUGUUCCAGAAAUAAUGGAGAUGGUCGGGAGCCAAGCUCCAUCCGUGACUGUGUUGGAAUUGGACGAGGAUGGAAAGGAGCCAGGGAUGCACAGCUUCAAUCACCUGCACAUGAGGAAAGCAUUUAGGAUCAUGAAUGACUUGAGAAGCAGGAAGAUGCUUUGUGAUGUGCUGCUGAUAGCCGGUGAAGAGGAGAUUCCUGCCCAUAAAGUGGUGCUGGCUUCCUGUAGCCCCUACUUCUGCGCUAUGUUUACAGGAGAAAUGAGUGAAAGUAAGGCCACAUGUGUUGAAAUAAGGGAUGUGGACGGACUGACUCUCAGGAAAUUGGUGGAUUAUAUUUACACAGCAGAGAUCGAAGUAACAGAGGACAAUGUGCAGGUGCUGCUGCCAGCAGCCAGUUUACUGCAGCUUUUGGAGGUGAGACAGGUGUGUUGUGAGUUCCUGCAGGCCCAGCUCCAUCCCACCAACUGCCUGGGUAUCCGCGCCUUUGCCGACCUUCACACGUGCACAGAGUUGUUCAGUCAGUCUCAUGCCUACGCUGAGCAGCAUUUUAGUGACGUCAUGCUGGGAGAAGAGUUCAGGGGUCUUUCCCUGCAGCAGGUGUGCAGUCUCAUCUCCAGUGACAAGCUGACUGUGUCCACUGAAGAGAAGGUGUUCGAAGCCAUGAUUGCAUGGAUAAAGCACGACAAGGAAGCACGCUUGGUGCACAUGCCGAAACUCAUGGAGCAUGUUCGCCUGCCACUGUUACCUAGAGAUUAUUUGGUUCAGAUUGUUGAAGAGGAGGCUUUGAUAAAAAACAACACCACAUGCAAGGAUUUUCUAAUUGAAGCCAUGAAGUACCACCUGUUACCUGCAGACCAGCGGCACCUCAUAAAGACAGACAGGACUCGGCCUCGCACACCUGUUAGCAUGCCUAAGGUGAUGAUUGUGGUAGGGGGUCAGGCCCCUAAAGCCAUACGCAGUGUUGAGUGCUACGAUUUCCAGGAGGAUCGCUGGUACCAGUUGGCUGAUCUGCCUUCGAGACGCUGUCGAGCAGGAGUGGUGUUUAUGGCAGGAAAGGUUUAUGCAGUUGGGGGCUUUAACGGUUCUCUACGUGUGAGGACCGUGGACGUGUAUGAUGGUGUGAGGGAUCAGUGGAGUGCUGUUCCCAGCAUGCAAGAGCGUCGCAGCACAUUGGGAGCUGCUGUGCUGGGGGACCUGUUGUAUGCUGUUGGGGGCUUUGAUGGCAGUACAGGUUUGUCCUCUGUGGAAGUGUACAACCCCAAGAAUAAUGACUGGGUUUUUGUGGCUCCUAUGAACACUAGGAGAAGCAGUGUGGGGGUUGGAGUGGUGGACGGAAAACUGUAUGCUGUAGGUGGAUAUGAUGGCGCAUCUCGCCAGUGUCUCAGCACCGUAGAAGAGUAUGAUCCAGUAACUAACAAAUGGGACCAUGUAGCCGACAUGAGCACCAGACGCAGUGGAGCAGGUGUAGGUGUACUGAAUGGGCAGUUGUAUGCAGCAGGGGGACAUGAUGGUCCACUUGUGAGGAAGAGCGUAGAGGUGUUUGACCCGAACACUAACGCCUGGAGGCAGGUGUGUGAUAUGAACAUGUGCAGAAGGAAUGCAGGAGUGUGUGCUAUAAACGGCCUGCUGUAUGUUAUCGGUGGAGACGACGGCUCGUGUAAUCUGUCCUCAGUGGAGUUCUACAACCCUGCUACUGACAAAUGGAGUCUGAUUCCCACAAACAUGAGCAACGGACGCAGCUACGCAGGGGUGUCUGUUAUCGACAAGACGGUAUGACUAAGAGCUGUGGUGAGCAGGAGCUCGCUGACUGAAAUGAAGGGCCGAUCUAAACACACCGUCAUUUAACGCUUCCCUGUGAGCGGAGUUUCUCUCUGCCCUGGUCACGCUGAGCCUGCACUCACCACCACGGUGCGUAAAUCAUGCCAGAUCGACCGCUAAAAUGCCCUCACACGUGCUCGAAAUGUGUCAUCUGCUUCUGCUGAUUAUCAGAGGCUGCAAAUCGUCAGCAACAAUGGCCUGGCUGGAGCGAGCAAGGUUUCAAGAUGGGGCAGAAUAAAGUAAAGCGGUCAUUGAGUCUGGCAUACAGAUCUGAACGGCAGCGUUUUAAACUGCAGGUACAGAAUGUACCAUUUUUCUGUCCACUACUACUGAUUUAUAACACACUGUAAAGCCAUUUCUGUCAUCCAGGCACCAUGGAAAUUCCAGGCUGAAUCGGGUCUGCGCUCUAGCAGCCUUGCCAUGAUAUCCAUUCUCCAUCACAGCCGUCUGCCUCAACACCAAUCGUGCGAGCUGAAACAGCUAAAUAUCGUCAGUGACAACCGGAGCAGGACAAGGUGUUGCUCAUGUUCUCAGUGUCAUUUUAAUAUCGCUUUUUUGCAACUUUACAGGGUUUAUCAUGGAAUAGAUGUACUGUACAAGCAACUCUGCGAAGCAACUAAUCCGAGUGUGGUCAUAGCCAGCUGCUUUUUCUGCCAUCUAAUAUUUUGCACAUCUGUGUCAGGACACAGAGAAACAGGUCAUUAACACUAUAUGGAAAUGUGUCAAAUGAAUGUCAAUUCUCUGCAAAUACGCACUUUUAUCAGGCAGCCCUGUUUAUUAAUACACAGAGGAGCCAGUUUAUUAGGUGCACCAGACUUUCCUUAUUUUCUAAGCUGAACUGAGAUGAGUAUCAGGUCACCAGCUAUGAUCUAAAAAGACCUUCAGGAGAAUGUUGUAGGCAAAUACAGUAUUUUUCACUUGAUAAAAGAUGAAACCAUACCCAGCAUGUACAGGUUGUCCAAAUAUACAUGAAGGAGCUGAGCUGUGAUCAUCAAUACUGAGCUGCCAGAGGUGCCAACAUGUACAGGAUAUGCAGUUAGAGGAGAUGGCAAAAAUGUCACCUUUCUGCUUUCUUAGCUGAAGCAGCAACUCAAUAAAAUCAACCUGUUGAAAAAUAAAUGGGAAAAGGUUGAAACCAUACAUAUUUAUGUAAGUGAACUAUGACUUGAACAACCCCAGUCUUGUGAGCCAAAAAGAAAACAAGAAGGCAGGGUCAGUUUAGUGUUUAAAAAAAAAAAAGGAAUUUGCUGUUAUUUGUCAUAUAUUUGGGGAUACAAUUGUUACAAAAAAAAAAAGACACCUCUGGCUGCCCAGAGUUUCUUAGUGGCAGUGUUGGCACGUUUUGCAUCUUCCAGACACUUCACCAGCACAGUUACAGACAGCACAAUUUGUCAGUUGUUCUCAGCACGGACUUCGUAGUGUGCGCUUUGUUGCUAUUACGGCAUCAGUAACAGCAUCAGCAUAUCACUGCUUCAUGCCGCUGUCCAGCCCAAAGUGGUGCUGAGGUUAGAAACUGACCCAGAUGAAAGCGCUGAACAGUGUGAUCAUGUGACCCUAUAAAAUGGCUCAGAAGUGUAACUAAAACUGGUGUACCUUUUAUAUAGAAAGUGCCAACUCUCGCGUGUACCUAUCUCGGGUAUUUGUUUCUCUCUGAUGGACCACUACUUUGUAAACACAUCGACUGAACAGCAUUGACUCAUUAAUAUCAUGAUUAUUGUGUUCUAAAUAGGUUUAACAGCCAGCACACAUUAUAAUGGCAAUAAAUUGUUUGUGAAAUAUUUAUGACUGCGAUCUUGCAAGCACAAUUUGCAAUAGUGCAUAGUAUUAUUUUGACUCAUGAUGCAGUUUAGCUCGCUAUUUCACAUUUUUCUAACAGAUGUAUUUUCUAUAAGAAGAGGACAGUUAGGAGUUUAAACGCAAACAAGCAGCAGCUCGGCUUUUCAAAUCGCAUUUUUACUAAUAAGCUCUGCAGUAUUAUAGUUAAAAUAGGUUUAGAGUCAAUUUUCUGGUGUGAUUCCACAAGCAAUAGGUCAUUAUAUUUAUCAUGAACGAUAAAUAUUGAAAGUGACCGAUUCAUUAGCAGUAUUGUUUACUAUAAACUCAGUAGGUCGAAGAAAGACAGUGUUCAUAUGUCCUGUGUUGUUAUGCAGUUAAAGGUGCAGUUUGUAUUUUUUUUUUUUUACAAAUAAUUUAUUCAAACUAUAGUAAUAAAAAUACAGUUUCUAAGUUAGCUAUGAAGAUAUAAAAGUUAGCUAUGAAUAUGAAACACAAUAUGGCCACACAGUGGAUCUCUGGACUUUCAUAAUUUUAGGUUUCAGUUGGUCAUGUUAGAAAAGGUGUCAUUUUUCACCACGAUUGCAGUCUUUAUUACAGGCAGCAGAGGGUGGUACAAGUUACAAGCUAUUCCUUUUAUUCUUUCAUUCAGUCCAGGAAAUGUUCUGCAAACACGUUCUGCUUGUGUCCGAAGUGACGGUAACACCGCAAUCUAUUAAUGCAGAUGUGUAUUAGCUGAAGCUCUGCGGUUGUGUAACUGAUGUUGCAGUGUGUAAUCUGGUCUUUGAUUAUAUAUACACACACAUCAGAUGUUAAUAUAUUUCUAUAUCUUAAACAAUGUAUCAUGAAAUGAUAUGAACAUGUUCUUUUCACAUAUAAUGAUUUCAGUGACUUGUUUCCCUACAGUGAAAUGUUUGUAUAUCAAAAGUGUUAUGGCAGCGCUGUCCACUAGAGGGCUGCAGUCAUCUUUUCAUCAUCAGCAGUCAUCAGCCAAAUAAAAAACAAGCAAUAUUACAGUA